GCCUUGAUUGCCUUGCCCGGCAGGCAUUCAUUCAGAGCGGGGCUUAAGGGCGCGCCAGCAGCAGGCACCCGUGUUACCAGCUACACGCGGGGCGGAACCGGGCAUAGAAGCCAUGGGGAAGGAUAAAGGAGGCUGGAGAAAAUUUUUCUGCUGUGCUGGCCCACCUGAAACUCAGUCUUCAACAUGUCUUACCAGCGAGUCUGAGUCCUUCAAGCCUUUCUCAGAGACAGAGACCUUAGAGACAGAGGCUGAAACAGAUGAGGACCAGAAAGAAGUCAAGCCACAUGCUGAAGCUGAGGUGCAGAAAGAAAACUACAAGCCACAUGGUGACGUUAAGGUGCAGAAAGAAAAUGGCAAGCCACAUACUGAAGUUAAGGUGCAGAAAGAAAAUGGCAAGCCAUAUGCUGAAGUUAAGGUGCAGAAAGAAAAUGGCAAGCCAUAUGCUGAAGUUAAGGCGCAGAAAAAAAAUGACAAGCCACGUGCUGAAGUUAAGGUGCAGAAGAAAAAUGACAAGCCACGUGCUGAAGUUAAGGCGCAGAAAGAAAAUAAGAAGACACAUUCUGAAGUUGAGGUGCAAACUUCUAAAGUGGAUAUCCCAGAGAAAAACAAAUGGCGGUGGUCACGGUUACAUAGAGAAAUAGAGUUGCAAACCUCUGACGUUACAUUACCAACUGCUGAGAUGAAAUUGUCAUCCGAAGCGGAUAUUCAGGUUCAAACUUCUUUUUCCAGCCUCCCAAGGAAAGUGGAGUUCCAGGCACAAACGUCCUUUCUUUCCCUGCGGAGCCCAACUCCAUUUGAAGGAGAUGCCCACGUAAAAUCCUUAAAAUUGAUUGAAUUACCAAGAGUACUGGACAUUGAGGCCCAAGUGCAAACAUCCUUUCCUUCAUUACCUGGAGAAAGGGAGGCUUUGGUGCAAACUUCGCUGCCUUUAUUAUCAGGAGAAAGGGAGGCCCAGGUGCAAACUUCGCUGUCUUCCUUACCUGGAGAAAGGGAGGCCCAGCUGCAAACUUCACUGUUUUCCUUACCUGGAGAAAGGGAGACCCAGGUGCAAACUUCACUGUUUUCCUUACCUGGAGAAAGGGAGGCCCAGGUGCAAACUUCCCUGUUUUUCUUACCUGGAGAAAGAGAGGCCCAGGUGCAAACUUCGCUGUCUUCCUUACCUGGAGAAAGGGAGGCCCAGAUGCAAACUUCGCUGUUUUCCUUACCUAGAGAAAAGGAGGCCCAGGUGCAAACUUCACUGUUUUCCUUUCCUGGAGAAAGGGAAGCGCAGGUGCAAACUUCAUUUCUUUCUUUACCUGGAGAAAGGAAAGUCAAGGUGCAAACUUCACUGCCUUCAUUGCCUGGUGAAAGAGCAGCCCAGGUGCAAACCUCCCUGUUUUUACUACCUGAAGAAAGGGAGGCUCAAGUACAGACAUCGCUGCCUUCAUUAUCUGGAGAUAGGGAAGCACAGGUGCAGACAUCACUAUCUUCAUUACCAGGAGAAAGAGCAAUCCAAGUGCAGACAUCCCUGCCUUUGUUACUUGGAGAAAAGGAGGCUUGGGUGCAAACCUCAUUGCUUUCAUUGCCAGAUGAAAAAGAGGCCCAGGCCCAGACCUCAUUUAGUGUAUUACCAGAAUGGAAAUCUCUACUAUCUUUGGGAAGUUCUCACUUAUCACAACAUUCCUAUCUUGAAUUAUUAGAGAAGAUUGUCUCUUUGCCAAUGUUUGCUGAAGCCUAUGUGCAAACCUCAAAUACUGACAUACCAGGUCAUUUAGAAACAGAUGCGCAAGUGCAGACUUCAUUUUCCGACGUUAUGUCAGAAAAAGAAGAUACAUCUUCUGUUACAGCAGAGCUCUCAAAUAAGAUGUCACCUCAGUCAUCUGUAAGCAUAUUAUAUCCUUCAUAUGUCGAUACUGGGAUACAAACUUUGCCUGUGGAGAUACCACCUGGAAAUAAUUGGCGUGCUGCACGUCUGGAAGCGGAGGCCCAGGUACAGACUUCAGCUACUUCGGUAAUACAGAAACCUGUGAUUGUCUUUCAUGCAGAAUUGCCAAACCUUAGGUCAGAAACAGAAGAAGCAGGUGCAAGAGGAUUGGGAGCUCAUUUUUCCCUAGGAGAGAUGUCUUUCUCACCUGAACUGAUUGAAGCAGCAAUACAAACAUCUGACAGUUUGCUUCGGGAUUGGGAUAAGUGGCGCUUGCUACGACCAUCACAAGUGAAUGCUGAGAUCCAAACAUCAGCUAUUGAACUGCUAAAGAAUCUUUCAUUGCUAUCCCAGAUUGAGUCCAUGGAACCAGGUUCCUGUACUGAAUUGCUAAAGAAAGCUUCUUCUCUCUCAGUGGCCGAACCUCUACUGCAGCCACCAAGUCAUGAAUUAAUGAGGAAAGUUUCUUCUUGGUCAGAGUGUGGAACCAAAAACCAGGAUUCGAAUGAUGAGCUGCUAAAAAAGCGUCCGUCUUCAGCACAAGUGAUAACAGCCUUGGCAUAUGAACCUGGAGGGAUACUUUCUUCCUCAUCAUCAAAAAGGAAAAUUCCAGUACAAACAUCUGACCUGGAACUAAUGAAGAGGCUUUCCUCUAUGUCACAUAUGGAACCUCAGGAGAGGAUUUCAGACACUGACAUCCGAAAGUAUUCAAAAUUGUCAUUGACUGAAGCUGGGGAUGAAAACCAAGGGGCUCUGGAAGAAGGAAAAGAUUACGUUAUUACACCACAAGUACUGGAAGAUCAGAUACGCAAAUGGUAUCAUGAACUUCCAGAAGUUCAAACAUCAGCCCCUCAGUCCCCAAUCCAAAAGGAGCCUUUUUGGCCUUCAAUAGUGGACAGUGGGGUACAGACUUCAUAUGCUGAAGUACCAUUUGGAAAUAGAUGGCGGGCAUCACGCUUGCAGGCUGAAACUGAAGCUCAGACUGUGGGACUUCACUUGCCAAUGGAAAAAGGAGAAUCUUGCUCCCAAUUGCCAAGUGAUGGCCAGAUGCCAACCUCCUUGCUUGAAAUAUGGAAAGCAAGAAACUUGGCAGAUGCUCAGAUGCAGACUGGCAACUUUGAUGUCAUUGAAACGGAUGCAUCUGAAAUAGCAGAGUCCCCUCCUCCAUUAGUAAUAGAUAACGAAGCACAGACUUCAUUGUUUGAUGUUUGGAAGGCGAAAAAACAAGCCAAUGCUCAGAUCCAGACUUCUAUAAAUGAAUUGCCACCACAAGAAAUUAAAUCACCAAUAGAAAAAAUUAACGAAUUGGUGCAGACCUCCUUUUUUGAAAUAUGGAAGGGAAAAGAACUAGGCACCAUGGAGAAAAAUACAUCUGAAACCCACUUUGUAGAGCCAAAAAUGAAAAUUUCUCUCCCAUUUCAGACCGACUUGGAAUUGCAGACAUUUUUGACAGAUGUCUUGAGAAAAAAGGAAACAAUAGAUUCAACUGCACAAACUUCCUGCCAGUUUCUGGAGCCCAAAAUGAAGUCUUCCCCUCCAUUACAGCCUAGCUUGGAAAUGCAGACAUUGAGAGAUGUGUGGAGGAAAAGGGAAAUAACAGAUGCUCAAGCACAAACUUCUUCUCAUUUUCAGGAGCCAAAAAAGGCAUCUUCUUCUCCAUUACUAGCUGGGUUGGAAUUGCAGACAUCAUUGAGAGAUGUGUGGAACAAAAAGGAAAUAACAGAUGCUCAAGCACAGACAUCUUCCCAUGUUCUGGAGCCAAAAAAGGCAUCUUCUUCUCCAUUACUAGCUGAGUUGGAAGUGCAAACAUCAUUAAUAGAUGUGCUGAAAAAAAAGGAAAUAAUGGAUGCUCAAGCACAGACUUCUUCCCAUAUUCUGGAGCCAAAAAAGGCAUCAUCUUCUCCAUUACUAGCUGGGUUGGAAUUGCAAACAUCAUUGAUAGAUGUGCUGAAAAAAAAGGAAUUAAUGGAUGCUCAAGCACAGACAUCUUCCCAUGUUCUGGAGCUAAAAAAGGCAUUAUCUUCUCCAUUACUAGCUAGUUUGGAAUUGCAAACAUCAUUGAUAGAUGUGCUGAAAAAUAAGGAACUAAUGGAUGCUCAAGCACAGACUUCUUCACAUAUUCUGGAGCCAAAAACGGCACCAUCUUCUCCAUUACUAGCUGGGUUGGAAUUGCAGACAUCAUUGAGAGAUGUGCUGAAAAAAAAGGAACUAAUGGAUGCUCAAGCACAGACUUCUUCACAUAUUCUGGAGCCAAAAAAGGCACCAUCUUCUCCAUUACUAGCUGGGUUGGAAUUGCAGACAUCAUUGAGAGAUGUGCUGAAAAAUAAGGAACUAAUGGAUGCUCAAGCACAGACUUCUUCACAUAUUCUGGAGCCAAAAAAGGCACCAUCUUCUCCAUUACUAGCUGGGUUGGAAUUGCAGACAUCAUUGAGAGAUGUGCUGAAAAAUAAGGAACUAAUGGAUGCUCAAGCACAGACUUCUUCACAUAUUCUGGAGCCAAAAAAGGCACCAUCUUCUCCAUUACUAGCUGGGUUGGAAUUGCAGACAUCAUUGAUAGAUGUUCUGAAAAAAAAGGAAAUAAUGGAUGCUCAAGCACAGACUUCUUCCCAUGUUCUGGAACCAAAAAAGGCACCUUCUUCUCCAUUACAAGCUGGGUUAGAAUUGCAGACGUCAUUGAUUGAUGCGUGGAAGAAAAAGGAAAUGAUGGAUGCUCAAGCACAGACUUCUUCCCAUGUUCUGGAACCAAAAAAGGCACCUUCUUCUCCAUUACAAGCUGGGUUAGAAUUGCAGACGUCAUUGAUCGAUGCGUGGAAGAAAAAGGAAAUGAUGGAUUCUCAAGCACAGACUUCUUCCCAUGUUCUGGAGCCAAAAAAGGCAUCAUCUUCUCCAUUACAAGCUGGGUUAGAAUUACAGAGGUCAUUGAUCGAUGUGUGGAAGAAAAAGGAAAUAAUGGAUGCUCAAGCACAGACUUCUUCCCAUGUUCUGGAGCCAAAAAAGGCAUCAUCUUCUCCAUUACAAGCUGGGUUAGAAUUGCAAACGUCAUUGAUCGAUGUGUGGAAGAAAAAGGAAAUGAUGGAUGCUCAAGCACAGACUUCUUCCCAUGUUCCGGAGUCACAAAAGACACCAUCUUCUCCCUCACAAGCUGGGCUGGAUUUGCAUACGUCAUUGAUCGAUGUGUGGAAGAAAAUGGAAAUGAUGGAUGCUCAAGCACAGACUUCUUCCCAUUUCCAGGAGCCAAAAAUGGCAUCCUUUUCUCCCUUACAAGCCGAAUUGGAAUUCCAGACAUCAUUAUUAGAUGUAUGGAGGAAAAAAGAAAUAAAGGAUGCUCAAGCACAGACUUCUUCCCAUUUCCGGGAGCCAAAAAAGACAUCAUCUUCCCCAUUCCAAGCUGAGUUGGAUUUGCAGACAUCAUUGCUAGAUGUAUGGAGGAAAAAGGAAAUAAUGGAUUCUCAAGCACAGACAUCCUUCCAGUUUCCAAAACCAAGAAUGGAAUCUCCUUGCUUACAAGCUGACGUGGAAUUGCAGACAUCUUUUGUAGAUGCAAAGAAGAAGAAAGAAAAAACAGAUUCUCAAGCACAGACUUCCUCCCACCUUCUGGAUCAUAAAAUGGAGUCUUCUCCUCCAUUAGAAACCGACAAGGAAAUGCAGACAUAUUUUAAAGAUGUAAGGAAGAAGAAAGAAAAAACAGAUACAGAAGCACAGACUUCCUCUCACUCUCUCGAGCCGAAAAUGGAGUCUUCCCCUCGAUUAGAAGCUGACAAGGAAAUGCAGACAUCUUUUAAAGAUGUCAAGAAGAAGAAAGAAAAAACAGAUACUGAAGCACAGACUUCCUCUCACUCAGUCGAGCCGAAAAUGGAGUCUUCUCCUCGAUUAGAAGCUGACAAGGAAAUGCAGACAUCUUUAAAAAAUGUCAGGAAGAAGAAAGAAAAAACAGAUACUCAAGCACAGACUUCAUCUUAUUAUCUGGAGCAUAAAAUGGACUCUUCUCCCCUAUUAGAAACCGACAAGCAAAUUCAGACAUCUCUUAAAUAUGUAAAGAAGAAGAAAGAAAAAACAGAUACUCAAGCACAGACUUCCUCUCACUCUCUGGAGCCUGAAAUGGAGUCUUCUCCAUUUCAAGUCAACUUGGAAAUUCAGACAUCUCUCAUGGAUGUAAAGAAGAAGAAACAAAUAAGAGAUUCUCAAGCACAGACUUCCUCUCACUCUCUGGAGCCUGAAAUGGAGUCUUCUCCAUUUCAAGUCAACUUGGAAAUGCAGACAUCUCUCAUGGAUGUAAAGAAGAAGAAACAAAUAAGAGAUUCUCAAGCACAGACUUCCUCUCACUUUCUGGAUAGUAAAAGGGUGUCUUCUCCUCAAUUACAAGCUGACUUGGAAUUGCAGACAUCUUUGGAAGAUACAAAGAAGAGGACAGAUACAUCAGAUUCUCAAGCACAAACUUCUGCCCACUUUCUGGAUCGUAAAAUGGUGUCUUCUCCUCACUUACAAGCUGACUUGGCAUUACAGACAUCUUUUGCAGAUACAAGGAAGAAGACAGAUACAUCAGAUUCUCAAGCACAAACUACAGCCCACUUUCUGGAUCGUAAAAUGGUGUCUUCUCCUUGCUUACAAGCUGACUUGGCAUUACAGACAUCUUUUGCAGAUACAAGGAAGAAGACAGAUACAUCAGAUUCUCAAGCACAGACUUCAGCUCACUUUCUGGAUCGUAAAAUGGUGUCUUCUCCUCAAUUACAAGCUGACUUGGAAUUGCAGACAUCUUUGGAAGAUGCAAAGAAGAGGACAGAUACAUCGGAUUCUCAAGCACAAACUUCUGCCCAUUUUCUGGAUCGUAAAAUGGUGUCUUCUCCUCACUUACUAGCUGACUUGGCAUUACAGACAUCUUUUGCAGAUACAAGGAAGAAGACAGACACGUCAGAUUCUCAAGCACAGACUUCAGCCCACUAUCUGGAUCGUAAAAUGGUGUCUUCUCCUCAAUUACAAGCUGACUUGGCAUUACAGACAUCUUUUGCAGAUACAAGGAAGAAGACAGAUACAUCAUAUUCUCAAGCACAGACUUCAGCCCACUAUCUGAAUCGUAAAAUGGUGUCUUCUCCUCAAUUACAAGCUGACUUGGCAUUACAGACAUCUUUUGCAGAUACAAGGAAGAAGACAGAUACAUCAGAUUCUCAAGCACAGACUUCAGCCCACUAUCUGGAUCGUAAAAUGGUGUCUUCUCCUCAAUUACAAGCUGACUUGGCAUUACAGACAUCUUUUGCAGAUACAAGGAAGAAGACAGAUACAUCAGAUUCUCAAGCACAGACUUCAGCUCACUUUCUGGAUCGUAAAAUGGUGUCUUCUCAAUUACAAGCUGACUUGGCAUUACAGACAUCUUUUGCAGAUACAAGGAAGAAGACAGAUACAUCAGAUUCUCAAGCACAAACUACAGCCCACUUUCUGGAUCGUAAAAUGGUGUCUUCUCCUCGCUUACAAGCUGAUUUGGCAUUACAGACAUCUUUUGCAGAUACAAGGAAGAAGACAGAUACAUCAGAUUCUCAAGCACAGACUUCAGCUCACUUUCUGGAUCGUAAAAUGGUGUCUUCUCCUCAAUUACAAGCUGACUUGGAAUUGCAGACAUCUUUGGAAGAUGCAAAGAAGAGGACAGAUACAUCGGAUUCUCAAGCACAAACUUCUGCCCACUUUCUGGAUCGUAAAAUGGUGUCUUCUCCUCACUUACAAGCUGACUUGGCAUUACAGAGAUCUUUUGCAGAUACAAGGAAGAAGACAGAUACAUCAGAUUCUCAAGCACAGACUUCAGCCCACUAUCUGGAUCGUAAAAUGGUGUCUUCUCCUCAAUUACAAGCUGACUUGGCAUUACAGACAUCUUUGACAGAUGCAAGGAAGAAGACAGAUACAUCAGAUUCUCAAGCACAGACUUCAGCACACUUUUUGGAUCGUAAAAUAGAGUCUUCUCGAUUACAAGCUGACUUGGAAUUGCAGACAUCUUUGACAGAUGGAAGGAAGAAGACAGAUACAUCCGAUUCUCAAGCACAGACUUCUGACCAUAUUCUAGAUCAUAAAAUGGUGUCUUCUCCUCGCUUACAAGCUGACUUGGAAUUACAGACAUCUUUGGCAGAUGUAAGGAAGAGGACAGAUACAUCAGAUUCUCAAGCACAGACUUCAGCACACUUUCUGGAUCGUAAAAUGGAGUCUUCUCCUCGAUUACAAGCUGACUUGGCAUUGCAGACAUCUUUGACAGAUGGAAGGAAGAAGACAGAUACAUCAGAUUCUCAAGCACAGACUACAGCUCACUUUCUGGAUGAUAAAAUGGUGUCUACUUGCGUACAAGCUGACUUGGAAUUGCAGACAUAUUUGGCAGAUGCAAGGAAGAAGACACAUACAUCAGAUUCUCAAGCACAGACUUCAGCCCACUUUCUGGAUCAUAAAAUGGAGUCUUCUCCUCCAUUACAAACCAACUCGGAAAUGCAGACAUCAUUCACUGAUUUAAGAAAGAAGAAACAAAUAAGAACUUCUGUGCAGACAUCUUUCAUGGAUGUUAAGGAGAAGAAACAAACAAGAGAUUAUCAAGCACAGACGCCCUUUCAGUCUUUCAAGCCUAAAAUGGGGUCACCUCCAUUUGCAACCAACAUGGAAAUACAGACAUCUUUCCCAGAUGUGAGAAAGAUUAAAGAAAUAAUGGAUUCUCAAACACAGUCUUCCUCGCUUGAGUUACUAGAAUCAAAAAAAGAGCCUCCGUUUAUGUCACAAAUGGAUGCUCAGGUGCGGACCUCCGAAACUGAAAUUCCUAUUGAAAAUUCAUGGAGACCAUCACACAGGCAAGCUGAUUUUCAGCAGACUUCAUUGGAUUUAGAUGAGGAGGAAAAGUUCGAGUCUUCUCCUAUCUUCCAAAUGCACAAACAGGCCCAAACCUCCCUUCUUGAUAUAUGGAAAGCAAAAGAACUGUGUAAUGCACAGGUGCAAACUUCUUGGAUAAAUUUGCCAGAAUCCACGGUGCCUCCUCUUCCACCACCACCAUAUGAAAGCCUGGGUUAUUUCCCCAUGUCUCCUGCAUUCCCAGUUGAUUCCCAUGUACAAACUUCUUCUCCUGACAUGUGGAAGCCAAAAGAACUAGCUGAUGCUGAAAUGCAAACAUCCGUGCCCGAUUUGCUGCAGGAUAAAAUCGGAGUGCAACCACCUAUACUUGGUUUAGCCAAUGCAACAGCUGAAUUUCUUCUUCAUGAUCAAGGUUGCGCUAUACAGCGAACCUUGCCUCAUAUGCCAGAGCAAAUGACUACUCAAGAAAAAAGCUCUAAAAUUGAAUAUCCAAAGUCUCCUUCACAAUUAAAAUCCAAAAUCCAGAUCUCCCAGCUUGAUACACAGGCAUCUGAAGAACUGUCUGAUACCCAAAUGCUAUCUUCCCUGUCCAGUUUGCCAAGUUCGUUAUAUCAGACUUUCUCCUCAGGCAUGGCUGUGUCUACUAUCCCCUCAGGCACGGGCAUGUCACCUGACCCCUCUGGUAUGCCUUUGUCUCCCAUCCCUUCACAUAUGCCCAUAUCUCCCAUCCCCUCACAUGCAGCUGUAUCUCCUGUACCAUCAUGCAGAGCUGUGUCUCCCAUCCCUUCAUGUAUGGCUGCUUCUCCAAUUCCUUCACUUCCAGCUGCAUCACCUGUUCCACCAGACAUAACUUUAUCUCCAGUCUUAUCACGUACUGCCAGUCCAGUGCGACCACCCACACCUGCGUCUCCACCCUUCAAAGUGGAACCUGUCCUCAUGGAGUAUAAUGCACCAAUAGAAAAAUCGCUACUUGAACUAUGGACCACAAGAGAGGAAACAGAGAUACAAAUGCAAUCUAUAAAGCAUGGCUGUUCUUUUGAAGAUAAGUUCACUUUAUUCAAGAAGCUAGAAGAGACUACCAUAAAAAUUGCAGAUAUUAAGAUAUCUGGAGGAAAGAAGCUGGAUAAAAUUUCAAAAGUGAAGUCAAAAACUCCUGCAUUUACGGAAGCACAGGUUCAAACCUCUUAUGUUGAGAUACCUCGGGGAAAGAAAUGGCGUUCAUCUCGCUUAUGUACAGAAGCCCAGGUUCAAACAUCAUUUCAAGACCUUCAUGUGAAAAACAAGACCCCAGCCUUGCAUGAUCCUUGCAUGACCAAAAGAGUGCCAAAGGGACCAAGGCGAGCAGCUCCAGUAUCUGUGCACUUGCAUGUAAAGAUGUCUCCAAAGCGGCGAAAUAGCAGUGAAAGAAAGUAGUGAAUAAUACUUGAAUUUAAAGAAAUAAAAGAUUACAAAAUACUA